AUGAAUCAUGAUGCAAUCACGGAUAAUGAACCUCGAAGGCACGUUAACUCUGAUAACGAUCGUCAUAGUGGCAAAACCGCACCGCACCACGCCCAGCUAUCGCGGCCAUGCCGAGGUGCUGAGCAGGCCGUCCAGCUGAAGCUCUGCCUCGGGCCACCUAUACAAGGGCGCACCUGGGGAGCUCCUCCACCGCACCACCGAACUCUCUCCGAGCCGCUCAGCUCAGCAGCCACCCUCUCCUCGCUCACCUUCUUCCUCCCCAGCAUCUCCGUCUCUCUCCAGUACCCUCCACAGCUCGCUGACGGAGUGAACGAGCCGGAGGACGAGGACGCCGGAGGCGAGUACCGUGAGUUCGACCCCAAGGACCCAAACUUCCAGCAGGAGUUUGCUGAGGACGUCGACGGAGGCAAGUCCAAUCUAAUCCCCUUUGAUGCACGUUGA